CACGUGUGUCGCCCGCGCGGGGGGAGGGGGGGGGGCACGUUUGGCCAGUGUUGGCACGUGUCACGUUUGCGAUAUGUCGCCCAAUUGUUUGAAUAAACUAUGCCUCUUGUGCAUUGUCUUGUUGCGACUACCUGGCACACGUGGAGAACCUGACGCGGCUCGAAAGAAUGUGCUCGUACUGUUGGCUGACGACGCGGGAUUCGAAAUGCGAUCGUACUUGAAUAAGAUAUGCCAAGCCCCUAAUUUGGAUAAAUUAGCAAAGGAGAGUCUGCUGUUCAAUAACGCGUAUACGUCAGUCAGUAGCUGUUCGCCAAGCCGUUCUGCAAUAUUAACUGGACUACCGAGUCAUCAAAAUGGGAUGUACGGUCUCCAUCAUGGUGUUCAUCACUUCAAUUCUUUUGAUAACGUGCAAAGUUUGCCGAAAAUAUUACGCAAAAGCAAUAUACGAACCGGAAUCAUCGGUAAAAAACACGUGGGCCCGAGUAACGUUUAUCCGUUUGACUUUGCGUACACGGAGGAAAAUAAUUCCAUUCUCCAAGUAGGCCGCAACAUUACUUACAUAAAGCUACUAGUCCGCGAAUUUCUCUCGCAAAAUACAACGCAACCCUUCUUUCUAUACGUUGCCUUCCACGAUCCACAUCGCUGUGGACACAGUCAUCCAGAGUACGGUAAUUUUUGCGAGAAAUUCGGUAACGGCGAUGUCGGAAUGGGCACAAUUCCCGAUUGGAAUCCAAUAUAUUAUCAAUGGCAGCAAGUUAAAGUGCCCUACUACGUUCAAGAUACCGAGGCCGCGCGGAGAGAUAUCGCUGCCCAAUAUACAACAAUAUCUCGUUUAGAUAAAGGCGUUGGCCUUGUUCUUGAAGAAUUGGAGAAGGCAGGUUUCAAAAACAACACGUUGGUAAUCUAUACGUCCGACAAUGGUAUACCUUUCCCCAACGGUCGUACAAAUCUGUACGAUUCAGGUUUGGCUGAACCCAUGAUGAUAUCGUCGCCGAUCCGUAACCAUAGGAAAAACAGCGUGACGUACAGUAUGACGUCUUUACUAGACAUAGUACCGACAGUAUUAGAUUGGUUCAAUGUAACUUACACGGACGACGAUUCCAAUGAGGUGUCUCCGCCGCAACUUACUGGCAAAUCACUUUUGCCGCUACUUCUCGAAGAGCCCACAGAAAAUAAUACGGCGGUCUUCGCUAGUCAAACGCAUCAUGAAGUUACCAUGUAUUAUCCUAUGCGCGCGAUUCGAACGAAACGCCACAAACUUAUACAUAAUAUCAACUACAGGAUGCCAUUCCCUAUCGAUCAGGACUUUUACGUAUCUCCGACUUUUCAGGAUAUUCUAAAUAGAACAAGGAAUCAUCAACAUCUACCGUGGUACAAAACGUUAAACAAGUAUUAUCAGAGACCAGAGUGGGAAUUAUAUGAUUUAAAAUACGACCCGGAAGAAUUGAAUAAUAUAGCUUCAAAACCGUCCACAAAGAGCGUAUUCGUUGACCUCCAAAAACGAUUGUUCGAUUGGUUGGAGACAACGCAAGACCCAUGGCUGUGUGCGCCAGACGGCGUGCUGGAGAAAAUCGGACGAAACAGCAACGCUCAUUGUAUGCCACUGUACAAUUUAGACGACUGAGAUUCUUUCCUAAUUUUAGCUGCUUUCCUUUUACGCUCAAGUGAUACUGAGUCACUCAGUUAUGCGAGUACUUUAUACUCAGAUACAACGCCAUUAAUGUGAGUUUAUUAAACUCACUAAAGCACACGGUCUUGUGCAAAAACUCAGUUAAAUCUGGUUGAAUCUCACUUCUCAAGAACCAAAAGGAACACGCAUUCAAUUGAGUUAUGACGUCACAGGUGAGAUUUAUCCGAGUUCUCAUGUAAAAGGAAAGCAACUAUUGAUAGCCGAUAUUGCCUGUUUUCUCUUUUAUAAUUUUAUACCCAAGUUAUGCACUUUCCUAGUAGUAAGUAUUUAAUAUAAACUGUGAAAUACUCAGUAAUGUAGAAUCUUUAGCAUUUAUACCCAAGCGAUGUGCGUUAAGAACAAACGUAAUCUAAUACUCGGGCUGAUACAAGGGAAUUGUAAAAACGUGCGACAUUCGUGUAAACGUGAAGAGGGAAAUUUUUGAAAUAAAUGACAAAUAUACAAG